UUCAAAUCAUGCAUAACCGAUAUAUUGAAAACACGUUGAAUACUGAAGACCUAGAAGACUUUCUACAACCAAAUAACCUUCAGCGGCACUUGGUUACAGAAAUUGAAUACAUUUUGGCUCGUCUACCUGCAUUUCCAAUAGGUGGCCAUACGUCCUCCAUUUACCACGGCCAGGCCGGAAUCCUUUAUUUGCUAUUCCACAUUCACAAUGUUGACCCUUCUGUCACCGUUGCUGGAGAUCCUGUAGCAGAGCUGUGUGAAAUGUAUCUGACGUCGAUAACAAAAUCAGCUGUUGAGCUGAAUUCCAAGCACUGUGGCUUCAUUGAUUCUCCGGUAGGCGCGAUAGCUGUUGCAGCUUGCGUCCAUCACGUCGUUCUACGUAAAGACUACAAGGCCAGACUUGAGCUGGAAAAACUCUUAGAGUAUCAAUCCGUCGCAAUUAACGACGCUGUUAGUGACGAGUUAUUAUAUGGUCGAGUCGGAUACCUGUACGCCUUGCAAUUGGUUUCUCUACAUUGCUCAGAUAUUGCCGGUGAUCUCAUUACGGACGACACGCGUCUAGCGGUUAUCAAGAAAGUCAUUGAACAUGGCCAGAAAGGUGCCAUAGAUGGUUGGCCAUUGAUGUGGUCCUGGCAUGACCGACAUUAUCUAGGUGCUGCUCAUGGUGUCGGGGUUCUAUUGCAAUGCGGAUCACUGGUGGACCCUUGGAAAGAGGAUCUUUUGACCGUAGCCGACCGAUUAAGUGAAAUGACACUUACAAGUGGAAAUGUGCCAUCUAGCUUGUCCAGCCAUAAGGACGAACUUGUACAAUUUUGUCACGGUGCACCCGGUGUCAUUCCUUGCCUAACUCUGAUUGACCGGCUGUACCCCGGCGACCGAUCUAAACGAAUUCUUUCGUUUGCUGAGAAGCAGGCAAAAUGUAUUUGGGAGCGUGGAAUUUUGAACAAAUCAGCAGGCCUUUGUCAUGGUAUAUCUGGGAACGCGUUUGCGUUCUUAGAACUAUACUCGGUAUGCCCAGACUCCCCAGAUUACUUGAAAAAGGCAGCAGCUUUUUGCCGAUUUGCUUGUGAAUGGAGAGAGCAUACUUCUAGAAAGGUCUUACAUACUCCUGAUCACCCAAAUAGUUUGUUUGAAGGCAAUGCUGGUCUUGCAUGGUUGCUAAUUGAUUUAUGGUGGAUCAUACAACAGAACGAACAAAGAGGACAGAAUCAGCAUGGCAGUCAAAUUAGUCAAAGCAAUCUUAAAGAGCGACCUGGUGGAUAUCCGUGUUUCACAGAUUUGAUUUGAAGACUGAAAUCUCUUGCGUGAAUAAUACACAUCUCAGUCAUGGACAAACGAUUCGAAACCUGGUUUUGCCACUGGACACUAUGCUACUAAUAUGUGAAUUUUUCAUCAAACUACAUCAAGACGUUUACAAAGUGGUCAUGUUUUUAGCAGUAGAUCCAUAUGUUCUUUGCAGAACGCUGACAGUGUAUUGAUGCUUUUUUAUUUUUGUAAAGAGAUGUGCUACAUCUGUCUGUAGGUGUCCAAUGCAGAUAUCCUCUACAUAGUUUCUCUCGUUUAUCCUUUCUCUCAAAGUAACCCUUCUUCUCCAAGAAUAUUAUGCCUAGUUUGCC